GGCAGCUGCAAUCGCCCUUCCGAUAUACCUGAUAAGUAAACCUAGAUCCGAAAAGGAGAGACCAAAUAAGCUUGUUUGAUGUACCAUCUUGCUUUGCAUAAUAAUUAAAGAUCCACACACCUGGAGAAUUUUUUUGGGCUCCAUAAUCAUGAAAGACAAUGAUCCAUUACCAAUUUGCAUCACCAUUAUAGCUGGCGCAGUUACAGCUGCCUUUUUGUUUUGCCUGACAUAUGUGUGUAAACGUAGUUCCGAAAGGAGAAGUGAAGUCAAUCCAGAAAAGAUUAACAGCGUACAUUGUAGUUGUGGUAGAUUCAAUGAAACUUUUGCCACUGUAACAAGGUUAACAUCAAGCGCUAGAGUUGGUUCGAAAUAUAACGAAUGGAGAGAGCCAGUUUUUGAAACUGGGCCUGGAGACAGUGGCAUCAGCGAAUACUUCACAGUAAAGGAUUUGCAUGUAAAUCACACUGAUUGGGAAGAUAGCUGUAGGAUUAUGGGCAAUGUUAUCAGGGUCAUUGCACGUGAAAUGAAAAAAGCAGCCAACAUCCGUUUUCCAGGACUUGUAUUACAUGACACUUUUAUAAAGCAAGGUAGCUCAAGAGAAGGUUUAAAGGUCUGUGACCCAUUGGAAUUUGAUUUCAUUUUACCUUUUCGAAUUGAUGGGUUGAAGACCAAGAAAGAGGAUGUUUUUGAUCGUUAUGGUAAAGUACUGCCUGGCCUUUUCAAAGAGAAAAUCAUCGAUACUGAUAAAGUUCUACCAUGGAUGAGAAAUAAAAGUAUACUUGAGGAUGAAUUAGGGGGGACAUACAUUAACACGAAUAACUUCCAGAAGAAAGUUUUCACAUCUCUUUUGGAUGAAUCAAGGGACGAAAUUAACAAGCAGUUGCAGAGAAUGACAAUUCCAGGUGAAAACUACCAAAUGAUUCGUAGUGUAAACGCCCCUAACUUAAAAAUUACUAUACGGGUGAACAGCCGAAGUGGAUUGAAAAGACUUGCUAAAAUGCAACUUGAAUCAUUUGAGGGUGUAAAUGUUAUAGUCUUAGAAGCUGACCUGGUUCCCGCCCUUUGCUUGUCGUCUGAUACAGUACCAGAUCCAUACACGGUUCAUGAUUUUCAUCAGUGCUACCAUUACCACCCUACAUCCUAUAAUGAUAGACAGAUGGCAUGUGAAAGAUACGGAAUCAUGAAAUGGGUCAGUGAGAGUAACCAGUUCAUUUCAUCAAACAACAGAUAUAUUCUAUGGCGAAAUUCAACUUGUGGAUAUGAAAAGCAUAUUUUAGACGUAGCUCGCAGAAACCUAAGUCAGCGGUACAUUUUGACCGCCUGUAGGCUACUGAAGGGUGCUUUGCGCAAUUUCAAUCGCAAUUCACUUGGUGAAUCUCAGAUAGACAGUGUAGUAAAAUCCUACCACCUUAAAAAUAUUUGCCUAUAUUGCAUCCUAUUCUUGACAAUACCUAGCAAAGAAAAACAACUUAGUGGAGUGAAAGAGGCAUUAGGAUACUUCAUUAGAUAUCUUCAACUUAGUCUUAAUGCAGAAUUCCUACCACAUUUCUUUUGCGGAAAUCCUUACAUUGAACUGAUGUUCCCUUGGAGUUCAUUCGAGGAAGAGACGUAUAACCUCUUUUCAUUCAAAGAUCCGCAGACUUUGCGCCAAGCACGAUUGAAUUUUCCAAAGUUCUUGAAGACAAUAAAAGGUCUGUACUACGAUGAGUGGAUGUUGGAUUCUGAAAAAGUCAAGUUGUUUGAAGAUCUAUUGACAUAAUUAACUUUACGCAUACACGUAACCUGUGUAUAUUCUGCGUCAAAUCACGAUUUAAACGCUUCAUGUCGUAUGUCUUUAGACCAUGCUGAUUUUUCAGAAUGUAAAAUGCUCUUGUAGUCAAUACAAAAGUCAUCCAAUAAAUAGAAAAA